AACUCCCAGCUGCACUAGUUCCAUUACAAAUAAAAACAAAAAUUCGUUUUCAUGUGAAUUUAUUAUCUCUUUUGGAAAAGUCAUAACGAAAUUAGAAUUUUUGUUUAUAAUUUUUUUCUCCUCCUCUUCGUUGUUUAAAUAAAAUAAAAUUUACUCGUUGGGCAUUGUUCACGUUUGUCAAAACAUGCUUAAACCCAAUAGCAAUUUAAUAGAAACAGACGCACUCAUGGUAGCUGAAUGAAUCGCGAAACAAGAACUACUAACUCAAAAGUUUAUAAACUUCCGAACGAAAAAGGAAAUUCAAGAAGCAGCUAUUAUGUGAAAAAAACAUUUUCCGUUAUUUUGUAUCCUUUUAUAUUUUUGUUUAGUUCCUUUUCAUUUUUAUUUUCUGAGCUAUUUAAAUUAUUUCGUGGUUUGUGUACCUCUACUAAAGACACAAAUAACACAAUCAGAACAAGUAUUGGUCCCUGUGAAGAUGGAAAUAAAAGUUUAGUACCUGAUACAGAUAUGGACACUUCGAAUCCUUUUUCUGUGCAACGGCAUCAUCACCGUAAAGCAUUUGAUUUAAUAUCUAAAGCCCUGAAAAUUGACGAAGAAAAUUAUGGCCCAAAAAACCUAGCUAUUGAGUUAUAUCGCCAAGGUAUUGAUGAAUUAAAGAAAGGAAUUGCAGUUGAUUGUAGUGUAGGAAGCAGUCAAACUGUAGAACGAUCGAAACGAUUGCAUGAGAAGAUGUGUACUAACCUAAGUAUGGCUCAAGAUCGAUUAUACUAUUUGGAAAAUUUAAACAGUCCAAACCUUGAAACCCUGGAGACAAAUCCUUCAAGAAGACGUACAUGGCAACAACCAGCUCCAUUAAAAUUAAAUGUAUGUUUCCCAGAUGUUACAGGAGGAGAUAAAAAUCCUAGUCCAACUUCACCCAUAACAAAUGAAAGUAAAAAACAAAUUCGGAAAUUUAUUCCUCCUUCUAAAUCGUUUAGUGUGCCUCGUACGUUACCUUCUUCACCACGUCGAACUCCUACUAUGUUGCCCAAAAAGAAGCCAACAUCUCCCACUAAUGUUCGACGACAAAUUCCUGCAUCAAAUAUGAAACGAGAUAACUCUAAAAAUUCUAUUCCAAUACAAUCAAGACUACAAAAGUUGAACAAAAUUUCUAGUCUUAAAGGCGUUGAUCCUAAACUUGCACAGAUGAUAAUGGAUGAAAUAGUUGAUGGUGGACCAAGUAUAUCAUUUGAUGACAUUGCCGGACAAAAUGUAGCUAAACAAGCUUUGCAUGAAAUGGUUAUUUUACCAACAGUUCGUCCUGAGUUGUUUACUGGUCUUAGAACUCCACCAAAAGGUCUUUUAUUAUUUGGGCCUCCAGGAAAUGGUAAAACAAUGCUGGCCAAAGCUGUAGCCUGUGAAUCUAAUUCAACAUUCUUGAACAUCAGUGCUGCUUCUUUGACAUCAAAAUACGUUGGUGAGGGUGAAAAAUUAGUUCGUGCUUUGUUUGCUGUUGCUCGAGAACUUCAACCUACUAUUGUGUUUAUAGAUGAAGUUGAUUCUUUGUUGAAUGAAAGAAAAGAAAAUGAGCAUGAAGCUAGUCGAAGGUUAAAAACUGAGUUUCUUGUGGAAUUUGAUGGAUUACGUUCUGAUGGUGAUGAUCGUAUACUUGUUAUGGGUGCUACUAAUCGACCUCAGGAACUCGACGAUGCAGCUCUUAGAAGAUUUUCAAAGAGGGUUUAUGUGGCACUUCCAAAUCAAGGCACUAGAAUUAAGCUGCUAGAAAAAUUGCUCUCCAAGCAAGACAAUUCUUUAUCAAAAUCAGAUAUAAAACAGUUGGCAAAAUUGACCGAUGGCUAUUCUGGCAGUGACUUAACCGGUUUAGCUAAGGAUGCAUCCCUAGGACCUAUACGAGAGUUAAAUCCAGAACAAGUCAAAUGUGUUGAUCCAAAAGAAAUGAGGAAAGUUUCCAUGUCUGACUUUACAGACUCUUUGAAAAGGAUCAGACGAAGUGUUGCUGCACAAUCUCUGGCAUUUUACUCUCAAUGGAAUUCAGAAUAUGGAGAUGUUACAAUAUGACAACUGAUAUAUUUAGGUGUCUCAAUUGUUUUAGUUACUUACCUAAAUAAAUACUGAAGCUCUUU